AUCAGCUCUGCAAUGUCUGAUCUCUCUCCAAGCCAGUCAGGAGAUCAGAGGAUUUAACCUGUGUUAUCCUUGUAAAAUCACACAUAAAAUACUGCACAGAACAUGUAUCUAUGAAUCCCAUUUAAACUGUGCUUAAUAAAGCACAAAUAUUUAUUGUAAAGCAUAAUAGACUAUUAGGAAAAUAACAAACUUCAGACCUCUCUGUUGUUUCUGUUCACUUCUAGUGAUAACAAAGAUACCAAAUUCUGGAAGUCUACCAAACAGUUACAUUUUAUUAUGAACACGUAUGAUUUAAGUACUGCCAAUAAAUUCUACGUAUUUAGUUAUGGUUGACAUUUAUUAUGUUACUUAAAGAAUAAUAAAUGCCUUAACUUGAAAUAUGCGCAUGCCUUUAGGAAGUGAGCCGAAUAUCAAAGGAAGCAUUUAGUAACUUGCAUUAGAACAAGUAUCUUCUAUCAUCUAGAAAGGCUAAUGAAGCCACAUUUUCCGAGGUUUUUGUACUGCAGACAAAUGUGGCAGAAAAAAAGAGAGCAUUUACUAUCCGGAAGGGAACAGAGAAAGUAAAUUAUUAUACAAUAUUGCCUACAUAUCUUAACUGCUAGUACAAUAUUUUAAUGUUUCUUUCACAGUAUGCAUUAGAUAAUUUGAAACUUAUUGAAUGAGUUACAUCUGAAGCCUCUUACAGCAUACUUCCAUUGUAACCUUUUAUGCAAAAAAAAUUACCCCUGUAUUAUUCUAUUGUGCAAACACAGGGCGAAAAAUGCUCAAAACCUACUCCACCGUUUCAGAUUCACCUCGUAUUUCCUCAGACCUAUUUCACAGUCCAUCACAAGAGUACACGUCAAAGAAAAAUUAGAAACUUUCAUUUAGCAUGCAUGAAUUUCAGCCACAACAGUAGCAGAUUAGGGAUUCUGCAGCAACAAUCACUUCCCAGAAACUGUUCACUCGCACGCUUAUCAAAUACGCUCCCCUUAUUCUCCCUCCUAUAACGGGCUGAUAAUCCGCUUGCAGCAGCUUCGGGCCAGUUCCACCGGCAACACAACUCGGCGUUCCUGCAGUUCACGUGCAAGUUCCCAAAUAAAAACAAACCCACCCCCACGGGGUUUGCGCUACACAAAACAAGACUCAUUGAAAAGUUUUCCGGGAGGUAGAAACCAACAGAGUUCCAUUCAAGAAAACUGAGCGCUUCGGGCAUCCCUCCAGACUCUACUGAACAGCUCUCUCUUCAGUAAAAAGAAGUUUCUUAAAUCCCAUCAACCCAAACCUAAUGCUAACUUACGUGGAGCGAGGAAGAGAGGGCGAGAGGGAGAGAGGGAAACAAGAGACCGUAAUCUGCAAGGCAGAAGGACAGCUGCCACUCAAACAACGCCGACAUUUGAUAAAUAAUACCCCUCAAAACCUCGUAUUUCUUUAGCACUUGGCAAUCAUUUUGUCGGUAGAAAGCGGGAAGAACCAGAAGUGCCGAGCAGCUAGAAAGCUAUGGUUUCUUUCUCUUGUAAAAAGUCUGGCAGAAGUGGAGGAGGCGGUGGGCUUUGGAAAAGAAACAAUCAAAAUAACAAGUUCCGCAACCAGUAUGACAAUGAUGUCACAGUUUGGAGCCCUCAGGGCCGAAUUCAUCAAAUAGAAUACGCCAUGGAAGCUGUGAAACAGGGCUCAGCUACUGUGGGGCUGAAAUCAAAAACGCAUGCUGUUCUGGUUGCUCUAAAGAGAGCACAAUCUGAGCUGGCAGCUCAUCAGAAAAAAAUCCUGUACGUUGACAACCAUAUUGGUAUCUCAAUUGCUGGACUUACUGCUGAUGCAAGACUCUUGUGCAAUUUCAUGCGUCAGGAGUGUCUGGAUUCUAGAUUUGUGUUUGAUAGACCUCUUCCAGUUUCUCGCCUAGUGUCACUAAUUGGAAGCAAAACCCAGAUACCAACGCAGCGUUAUGGCAGAAGACCAUAUGGCGUAGGACUGCUCAUUGCAGGUUAUGAUGAUAUGGGUCCUCACAUCUUCCAGACUUGUCCCUCUGCGAACUACUUUGACUGCAAAGCAAUGUCCAUUGGUGCUCGUUCACAGUCAGCACGAACUUACUUGGAGAGACAUAUGACUGAAUUCACUGACUGUAAUCUAAAUGAGCUAGUUAAACACGGACUGCGUGCCCUGAGAGAGACUCUUCCUUUUUUCCAAAACUUUGCUUAACAGAAUGUUUCCAUUGGAAUUGUUGGCAAAGACAUGGAGUUUACCAUCUAUGAUGAUGACGAUGUAGCACCAUUCCUAGAAGGUCUUGAGGAGAGACCACAGAGAAAGCCUGCUCCGCCUGUUGAUGAACCUGCAGAAAAGGCAGAGGAGCCAAUGGAGCACUAGUUGGUGGAUGAGUUCCUCUGUGUUAACGUAUGUCUAAUUAUAUGGGAACGUUUAUCCAUGUGCUGGUAACUUUAUCCUCACCUAUAUGCAUUUUCUGCUGAUACAGUCUGAGGAUUACUCAAAGAAAAGAAAAAAAAAAAAAAAGAAACCAACCCACUUAUCCUUAAAAAGUAGACAGGAGGUCAUAGUCGGUUGUAUUUUCUUUGGCAAGAAAGGUGUAAUCAUUUUCUAAAUAGUACAUGAUACUGUUUUUUUAAGGAAAAACAUACUGUGUUUAACUUGUAAGGCCAAGUGGAAAUAAAUCACUUUCUUGGAA